AUGAACGCCCACGAGAAUGCCCAUGAGGCGCCUGCCGACAACCACACUCAACUAGCAGCCUUGAAGGACGACAAGGUCGACUCCAAGGACAAAGGCUACGACCCCACUAGCUAUGCUGGACCUGUGCAAUAUCCUGGCGAGAACUCGUUUACCUGGACCGGCCGCACCUCGAUCACCUCGCCCCGCCCAGAAGGUCAUCGCUAUGCGCAGAGUCAGUGGCAGCUGACAAUGUCCGGCAUGCGUGGUCACGAAGCUCCGCACCAGGCCUACUUCGCUAUGAGUAACGAGCAACAGCGCGUGUUCGACAGCGCCGGCCUCCCUUCGGCUUUUAUUAUGCACGGUGAAGGCGGAGGAGGUUCUCCACCACCAGCACCGGACAUCGAAGCUCCGCCACCUGCCGCCCCAGCCUGCUCUCAGUGUGACGAGAAGAGCAGCAGCAUCAAGAAGUUCGCCACCCCUGCCGGCAACAUGCGACCCCUGUGCAACACCUGCGUCUAUGACAGUGUCGGAGGCGACCAAGACGCGUUCAGGGGAAAAUGGGCGGACGGUCGACCGCUCUGA